CAGGAACCAUGCCACAAAACUAAGAACUUAUUUAGUGGACCAGAAAUGGAGGGAGUAAUGUGCGGCAGAGGUGAGAUGACGUGGGAAUGCUUCUUAGUUUCAUAAACCCAAAACUCCCCACAACAAUUCCUCAAUUUCGUACAUUUGGGCUUUCCUUGUUUCUUAAACUCCUUUGGUCCGCAAAUGCAAACCUCACUCUCUUUCCUCUCUGCGGCGAGGCCCCUCUCACUCUCUUCUCCGCUUCGCAUCAACUCUUCCUUGGUCACCGCUCCGACCACCGACCCCAAUUCAAUGGCAGCUUCCGGUCCCAAGUGGGCCCAGAAGACCAUAACUCUUCCUCCCCAGACAAGAGGUUGCCACCUCAUCACCCCUCAGAUAAUGAAUGGAAUCAGGCAGGACUUGUCUGGAUUCAACUGUGGUCUUGCCCAUCUCUUCUUGCAACACACAAGUGCUUCUCUUACUAUCAAUGAGAACUAUGACUGUGAUGUUCGUACUGAUACCGAGACAUUCCUCAAUAGGAUAGUUCCUGAGGGGAACUCUGCACCAUGGAGACAUACACUUGAAGGUCCAGAUGACAUGCCAGCACACAUUAAAUCAUCAAUGUUUGGUUGCCAACUGUCGAUUCCAAUCACAAAUGGAAAGCUGAACAUGGGAACCUGGCAGGGAAUAUGGUUGUGUGAGCAUCGUGAUGAACCCACUGCUCGGAAAGUUGUGGUCACCCUUAAUGGAAUAUGAGAUGCUGCAAUUUGGAAUUUCAUGGUUUCCAUCAUCCAGUUUGCAGUUAAAGUUGUACUUUGAUCAUCACUUUGAGCAUCUAUGCUGUUAAUCGGAUGUCAACAUGCUAUUGUCUGCAACCUCUAUAACUGAAUAUCUGGUAUUACUAAUACCUUACUAAUACCUAGUUACAUGUAAAAUCUUUUUGUGUGAUGCAGACUUGAGAAAUGUAAGUUCUACCGCCUCUACGUGUAAAAAUGAUAUAAAAUCUCAGUCAGUUUAUUAUGAGUUCAUACUACAGAAGGAAAAUUGAAAAUAUCUAAAAUGAAAAUAUCCGUAGUCAAAAGUUUAUAAAUGAAUUUGAAAGCGACAG